CUGUGGGAAUGAACCUUCAAAAUAAAUUUCAGGUCAAAGGAAACAACUGCUAAAACCCAUUGGUAGUCAGUUUGAAGAAUGUCCCUUACAUUGUGGUCUGUGGGAAGAAUGUUCCUUACAUUGGUGGUCAGUGGGAAGAAUGUCCCUUACAUUCGUAGUCAGUGGGAAGAAUCUUACCUACACUGCUGGUCAUUGGGGAGAAUUCUCCUUAUAUUGGUGGUCAAUAGGAAGAAUGCUCCUUACAUUGGUGGUCAAUGUGAAGAAUGUGUUUACAUUGGUAUUUAGUGGAAGAAUGUCCCUUUCAUUGGUGGUCAGUGGAAGAAUGUCCCUUACAUUGGUGGUCAAUGGGAAGAAUGUUACUUACAAUGUGGGUUAGUGGAAGAAUGUGCCUUACAUUGUGGUCAGUGGUAAUAAUGUUAUUUACAUUGGUGGUCAGUGUGAA